UGUUUCAGAAACAAACAAACAAACAAAAACAAUGCAACAAUGAUGAUUAACAAAACUAAUGCCAACUAUUUGCACGAGCAAGAACAAAUUUGCAAUAUCAGCCAAAAUUUUUACACCAAUGAUUCUAUGGAAAAAGUGAUAUUAGGCGAAGCAACGACCUUGUCGACGUUCAUUCUGAAAAACAAUCAACGUCUUACAAAAGCUAAUUAUGUUCAAUUAUCACGUAUGACAUCAAUGAUAAUCGAAUAUGAAAUUGAAUUUGAGUCGAAUAAUGAAAAAUGGAGAAAUGAAAAUAAUGAACAAUGGCUUCAGACAAUCGACCCAUUGUUGAAAAAUUUGAUUUUAUUACGAUCCCGAUUGAAUCAGGAACGAAUCGUUGGUUCAUUAGACGCUAGUUAUUUAAAACCAUUCUGUGAUGUGAUUGUCAAUAAAGAUGUUAGCGGACCAGUAACUGGUUUGGCAUUGCAAUCAAUACAAAAAUUUCUUAACUAUGGUUUCAUCAAAGAUGAUGAAAUUGUCCGACUUAUUAGUGAAUCCGUAACGAAAGCACGUUUUGUUGGCACUGAUUCGAAUAGUGAUGAAGCUGUUCUCAUGACCAUAUUGGCUGUACUUGAAAGUUUGAUCGUCAUGCCAUUCUAUUCAUUAACCAAUGGUAUAAUUUGUGAAAUAAUGCAAAGUUGUUUUCGUAUAGCAUUUGAAAGCCGUUUAAGUGAAUUGUUGAGAAAAUGUGCCGUAAAAUCUUUAACAGAAAUGGUUCGUGCAUUAUUUAUUCGUAUAUCCUCUUUUCAAGAUAAAGGUAGUCAUAGUUGUGCCGAUGGUAGCGUCAGUAACAAUAGUGGAAGUGAUGCUAAUGGCUCCGAUUUCAAUUAUUUUUAUCAUGAUAAGAAUAAUGCAUCAUUCCAUAAAUUGAAUCGAAUGGGCAAACGAUUUGUUUCGACUGCCGGACAAAACAAGCAUGGUAACAAAAAGCUAGAAGUAGCAAAACAAUCAACAAAAGAAGAUCUAACGACUUUAGACUCACACAUUCAAAAAUCUCAUGGAUUAGCAUGCAUUCACGAACUACUGUCAUAUUUGACAUCAUUGAUUAAUCCGUUGCCUGAUGGCCAAAAUACUGAAUAUAUGGUCAACGUUGGUCUACAAUUGUUGACCAUUAUAUUUGAGAUUAGUGUCCAUGAGAUUGGUGCCAAUUAUUGUUUAUUGUCAGUGGUCAAAACCGAUCUCUGUUGGAACAUUAUGCAAUUGUUGCAAAAUGAAAAGAACUUGAACACGUUUUCCAGUGUCUUGCGAUUAUCAUUUCUUGUGUUUGUAGAUCUUCGAAUGCAUUUAAAAUAUCAAUUUGAAGCCUUCUUACUACGUAUAAUGGAUAUUGUUGCAACGGUUAAUACACCUUUAGAAUAUCGAGAUAUUUGUAUGGAAUAUUUAUUACAAUUUUUUCAUCACAUUCCAUAUUUGCCGCAUGAACUAUUUUUCAAUUAUGAUUGUGAUUCAUACGCUUCGAACAUAUUGGAAGAUAUGCUGCAACUAUUGUCAAAAAAUUGUUUCUCUUCAUCGGCUAACAAUAAUCAGAAUCAAAAUGUUCCAUCAUCUCCUACUUGGUUAUCAUCAUCAUCAAAUCUGAAUUUCACUGCCUUACAGAUCUUAUCGUUUGAGGUGCUAUUGUCAAAUUUAAAAAGUUUGCAAAUGGCUGAACUACUAAAAGAUAAGGAUGUUUACCUUAUAGCGAAUCCGGCCACCAUGAUUGUCAACAUUUCUAACAUCCGCGAUUUAGCAGUGGAGGCUUUUCCUGGUGCUCCUCAACAGAAAAUUAAUGAUGAUGAAAAGCGAAACAGUUCAACAAUAGAGCAAUUCAAUACUAACAUUAUUAAGGAUAUCAAUCAUCAAACACCAAGUAAUUAUUGCGAAGAUAAUUUGUCCACCACUAUGAAAGAUGCCAUUGGCGGUGAUAACGAUAAUCGCCAAAUCGAUCAAGAUACUGUUGAACAACCACUGUCAACGACGGAAGAUCUUGAAACAGAAAGCUUUGUAUUGGCCGACAAUUGUAUUCAAGUUGAUUCAACAAAACCGAAUAUUGAAGAAACAGUUCCGGAACCGAAUGCACCAACAAUUAAUAAGUAUUGCGUAACAUAUUUGUUUCCUCAAAAACCAAACCUUGCAAGUAGCGAACAAAUCGAAGCAUUAAAACAACGAAAAUUAUUAUUGUGGACAGCCACGGAAAAAUUCAAUCAAAAGCCUACCAAAGGAAUUGAAUAUCUUUAUGAAAAUAAACUUGUUCAUAAUGAUGAUGAUGUAGUUUCAUUUUUGCGUAACAAUUCCCGCCUUGACAAAAAACCAUUGGGGGAAUAUUUGUCGAACAAGAAAAACAUGACAGUUUUGUCCAAAUUUGUAGAAAGUUUUACAUUUAAAGAUAUGCGUAUUGAUGAGUCGCUUCGAUUGUAUUUGGAAUCAUUUCGGCUGCCUGGCGAGGCUCCGCUUAUUUCAUUGGUUCUGGAACAAUUCGCCCAUCAUUGGCAUGAAUCAAAUGGCUGUCCAUUCGUAAAUGAAGAUGCAGCAUUCAGUUUAGCAUAUGCCAUUAUUAUGUUAAAUGUUGAUCAACAUAAUUCAAAUGUUAAACGUCAAACUAAUCCGAUGACAUGCGAAGAAUUUAUAUCAAAUUUACGUCAAGUCAAUGGUGGUAAAGAUUUUGAUCGAAACAUGUUGACGGAAAUCUAUCACAUGAUCAAAAACAAUGAAAUUAUAAUGCCGGCCGAACAACAAGGUGUGGUACGUGAAAAAUACUUGUGGAAAUGUUUAUUAAAAAAUUCGGAAACAUUAAGUGGCGUCUAUUGGUUUCAUUUGAAUUCUGUCAUGAAAAAUUCAAAUCAACAGGAUUCGCCCUCAUUACCUGUUGUCCAAAAUCAUUUCAAAAAUACAAAGGAAGAUUCCGUUGUCAAAUUAUCUAUUUUAAACAGAUCAAUUUUUGAAAUUUCAGGUUCGCCUUCGAUUUCUACAUUAACUUUAGUAUUCGAUAAAUUGAAUCCUGAUCGACAGCCUUGCAUGUCACGACUUGUUUUAAAUCAAGGUUUUGCUAGUUGUUCAUUACUUUGUGCAAAUUAUGGUCAUUUAGACAAUCUGAUUGAAAACUUAUCGAAAUUUGUCAUUGCAUCACCUCGAAUAACGACUAAAAGUGAAUUGGUUGCUUACUGUCUGUUUAAUAUUUGUAAAGAAUAUGCCAACGAAAUGCGAUCAUCGUGGAAAAAUAUUAUAGAAUUAGUAUUGUUCUGGUACGAUAAUAAGUUACUUGAUGAUGGAUUAGAGAUCGAUGAUUUUGCUCUUGAAUCGAAAAAGAUUAGUUUAAUACGCAAAACACCAUUGAAAAAUCUGAAACAGCAAAGUGAACAAAAUCAAUCUACAUUUUUCCUUUCUAGUUUUUAUUCUUAUUUUGCUAGUAAUUCACCAAAUGAUCAAGAUAUUAUCAAUAAUGUCAAUGAUGUUACAAGAAGUGGUAAUGGUACAGCUAAUUUUGGAAACGAAACUAAUGAUUUGGAUCAGUCAAAGGCUGAUGAAAAAACCGACCUUUCAAAUCAACGUAAUCAUUAUUGUCAAACUUUGAUAUUGAUAAUUGAAGAAUCUAAAUUUCUACACAUUGAUUCGUUGAUUGAAUUGAUUAAAGCACUUAUUCAAGUCGAAUAUUGUGAUACAUUUGACGAUGAUAUUGAAGUAUUCAAAAUGGAAAUGCUUUUGAAAGUUAUAUUCAUGAAUCGUGAUCGCCUUUCAAUAUUUUGGGAUCUUAUUUAUCGUCAUAUCAUUAAAUUGAUGCGUUAUUGCCCACAAAGCGAAUAUCUAACUGAACGUAUCAUUUCGUGUGUGUUUCGUUUGGCCAUUCGGUUUACAUCAAGACCAGAUUUAGUGAAUGAUCAAAUCUUUCUACUUCUCUAUCAGAUUCUGAUAUUUUUUGAUCCAUAUUCAAUUCAACGUAAACACACUGCUUUAACAUUGCAUUCAUUCAUAUUACAUUGUAAUUGUUAUCUUACCAAAAAUGAACAAUGGGCACUCGUAUUCAAUCUGAUUCUAGCUAUUUCAAUCGGUUAUUAUCCACCUAACAAAAAACUUGGACAACCACCUGAGCAUCAGCAAUCGAUGCAUCAUCAUCAAGCACACACACCGUCAAUGCCAGAUGCAAGCAGUAAAAAUUUUCCGCAAGAACCACCUAAUACCAAUGUUUUUUCGCCAUCGGUACCAAGCAUACCUAAUGAUCUAAGAAAAUUAUCUGCACAUUUAAAUAUCAAAAAGAAUUUAUCGGAGAAUAUUUUUUCAUUCAACACCUACCAAUAUCGAAUAAUGGAUGCUGAGGCUUAUGAAAAAUGUAUUGACAUAAUGGUAUUGAUCAUAAGAGAAUAUUUACCCAAUAAUGCUAAAGCAAUGCAGAAAAAUGUUUCAUUCAAUGUGUAUGAAAUCGCGCAGAUGGCAGUGGGUGUUCUUUAUCGAUUCGUUGAAGCUUCCAUUAAGAUACAAUUUGCAACCACUCGACCGAAUUUUGGCCAUAGUAAGAAUUCCAAAGUUGCUAAUAAAUCUCGGCUGUCUAGAUUGACUAAUGCUAUACUGUCAUCAAGUGAAUCCGAUAGUGAUGAUGAAUAUCAACAGCAGCAGCAACAGCAAAAAGAUCAGCCUGUUAAAUCGGAAAUAACAUCAGUGACCGAAAAUGUUUCACUGAAAUUAUUAGAUUUGAUGCAUUAUUUUCAUCUUUAUGCUCCAACAAUUGCUGGCGAUCAGAUUGGAUCAGAUGUUUUGUGGAAUACAAUAUGGUGUCCAUUGCUUCAAGCAAUCGCAUUUUUUUGCUGUGAUUGUCGUCGACCAGUACGAACCUGUGCUUUCACUUUUCUACAACGAACAUUGCUCUUACAUGAUUUACAAGUGUUAAAUGCUAACCAAUGGGAAUCCUGUUUCAACAAGGUUCUUUUCCCGUUACUUUCUAAACUGUUGGAACCGAUUAAUAUGUGCGAUCCCAUUGGUAUGGAUGAAACUAGAAUGCGUACGACAAAUUUACUGUGCAAAGUUUUCUUACAACACUUGAAUCCUUUAUUAACGUUGACCACAUUUACUGCUUUGUGGCUUACCAUUUUGGAUUUCAUGGAAAAAUACAUCAAAGCGGAUAUGCAAACCGAGUUGGUGAAAGAGGCGAUUCCAGAAUCCUUGAAAAAUAUUCUACUUGUGAUGAAAACAGCCGGUUGUUUUAAUGAAACAUUAGCAUCGAUCACUUGGGAUCGUAUCAAUAAAUUUCUUCCCAAUUUGUAUUGUGACCUUAUAGAGCCUCCAAUGAGAAAAUCUGAACAACCGACUGAACAAGCUGUGAAGAACGAAUCCACAUCCACAAUUCUUCCCCAGGAAAUCGAAGCUCAAAAAGUUUCAUCUGUCGCUGAAGAACAAUUUCACAAUUCAACUCCAGUUCCACCAUUCUCAAUGUCAUUGGAAUCCUCUCAACCCAUCGAUCGAUCAAUCGAAUCUAAUGACCAAUCAGAUUCUAACAAUCUUCAGUCAUCUUCAGAAACAACAGAAGCCGAAGCCAAACAGCUAACAAAUCCGAUAAAUCCCAUUUAUAACUUACCUUCGACAUUCAUUGAUAUGGAAUCGGUUGUCAUCCAAUCUGAUUCACAGCAAUUUCAACCGCAAACAACACCGGUGCCUUCUAAUCCAGAGGAAGCCGCGAAUCCUAUUUCGAAUUCGAAUUCUAGUCAGUCAAUUCAACAAUCACAGCAUUUUCCUAGCCCAUCAAAUCCUUUGGUUUAUCCAGGAACAAUAGCUCAAUUUUAUCCUCGACAUGAAAAUUCUUCGAUAAUACAAUCAAGUAGCACAUCAGCUACCUUGACGAAUACAAUGGCUUCAACUAAUUAUCCGAUUCGUUACUCGUCGAUUAUGGAUCCAAACAUGAAUAAACAUUUAAUGUUAUCACAACCAGGACGAAUUCUUGUGCCACAAUCAUCAUCAUCAUUAUAUCCAUGGCCAUUACCAAAUGAUGAUGCAAGAUUGAUGAAUCCAACACAAACAUCAACAUCUCAACAAUACCAAUCACCACCGCAUCAAUGAGUUAUCAUUAAUAAAGAGAAAUAAUAGAUCAUUGCCUAAUAUUGGCGUCAUUUUUGUAAACAUAUUACCUAUCAAAAUUCCAAAUAAAUUUUUUUGUGUUGGUUUAGCU